AUGGCCACUGCUCAAGAAUACACCAGCGAACAGUUGAAUUAUUUCCGGGUCUGCUAUCUCACCACGGAUAUAAUUGCCGGGGGUCUGCGUGCAAUCUUCAAAAAGGAAUGGGACAGUCGCUACAUAACAUCGUUAGGAGAGUGGAAAGACGAGCCAAAAGAUGGUCUGGAUUUCAAGAACCGAGAAUCUUCGCGCAAGAAGAGGGAAAAAGCCCAUCUUCUGGCCACCAUGGUUAACGGAAACAGAGCUGAAUGGGAUUGUACCAUGCUGUUUUACGCCAUUCUUUUCUCCGAUUCUAUCGGUAAUGGUCUCAAUCCAACUAAACGAUCAAAAGUGGAUGAUCUCAGAAAGUUCCGUAAUGAAGAUUUUGCACACAUGCCACAUGGCCACCUCACAGACGCAGAGUUUCAAAAUGCAAUUAGUAAAGUUGACGUAGCCUUCCAAGCUCUUGGUCUCUCCACAGACCAAAUUCAAGUGAUACGAAACCAGACAAAUUUCCCCACGGAAGAAUUGAAGAAAGUGUUAAAAAAGGUCGAAGAUCUAAAAAAGGAAGUGGAGGUACUUGAAGCUCAACUUAACAAAGAGAUUUCAUCCUUCUGCGUCCUUCCGCCUAAGCCGUCACACGAAGUUGCAGAUCGUGAAUCUGAGGUGGCUGGAAUUACAAAACUGUUAGAAGAGCUUAAAGAAGCCAACGAGAACAGAUUGAGUUACUUGUAUAUCUCUGGCAACCCAGGAAGUGGCAAAUCUCAGUUAGCUGGUCUCGUUGCGAAGAGAUACUCUGAUGUAGUCCAUGCAAUUCCAAAUUCUACACUUUUUGUGAUGACGGUAAAUGCUGAGAGCCCAAGCACGCUUCUAGAGUCGUAUGUCUUCUUGGCAAGGAAGCUUAAGUGCCCAGAAUAUGCCAUUACUAACACACUUAACUCUCCAAAUUUUAACUCAGACGAGAAGAUUGCUCAUUUGAAGUCCUUAAUCGGCACAAAAGUCGAGCUUUACACCACCUGGCUUCUGGUUGUUGACAACGUCAAAUGCAUCACUAAGAUUCGUGCCUAUUUGCCAGCGUCUGGAAAUGAGCAGUGGGCGAGAGGUCAAUUGCUGAUCACAACACAAGACACCGCGUCUGUUCCGUCAAUGAGCCCUUUUGUCAAUCACGUCUCAGUCAGCAAAGGUAUGGAGCCCCAUGAUGCAGUACACCUACUAAAAAAGGUUUCUGGCAUCUCAGGUCGUGAGACGGAGGAGGUUGCACGAAAAUUAGACUAUCAGCCCCUUACCUUAGCGAGAGCUGCCGCUUACGUCAGGGAAGUUCGUGAGAUCAAAGGUGAAGCAAAUUUUGGCUGGAGUGAUUACUUUGAGAAACUCAAGGAAGGAAGAAUAGUUGCUACUGACACAAUUGUCGUCGACCCAGUUUAUCCAAAAUCAAUGGGUGAGGUAACGAGACUAGCUGUUAAAGAGGCAAUUGAAUCCACCAAUGUUAUAAUCAAGUACGUUUUUACUUUGCUUUUCUUUUGUGCACCGCAACCGUUAAGUUUGGAGAUAGUAACCAAUUAUAUUCGCAACAAAGCGGUGGAAAUGGAUGAUGAAGAUGCUAUCAGACUGAAGAUUCAAAGAUGCUCUCUGCUCCUUUUUCACCAAGAGAAGAAUGCUUUCUUUAUAAGAAUCCAUCAGGUUGUACACGAUGCCAUCCGCGCUGUGCUUAAAGAUUAUCUCAAGUAUGAUAAGUUAGGAGCCAUGAAAGCAGCAUUCAUGUCAUUUUACCAGUUCGUUAAAGAUACUCGACGAGAUCAUCUUUCCUACUUAGAUACUUUCGCGAAGUACGCUCAAUGCAUUCCUCAUCUAGAAUCAUUGAUUAUACAAAUUAAAGAUAUCUUUUCCGUGGAAAAAACGCGUAAUGCUGCAGAGAUUAUGUUUAAAUCUCAAAGAGACACAUAUUACCUAGAAACACUCGGGCUGACGUGUUACGAACAGUUUGCAUUCGAAGCAGCCAAAGAGAGUUAUGAUCGUGCACUGACCAUUCUUCUGAAAGAGUUUGGACCUGAGCAUGUCGACGUUGGAAUAACAUACAGGAACCUGGGAAUUGUGCACAAACACCUGCAAGACCUCGAUGAGGCAAAGAAGUAUUUUGAACUCGCACUACCCAUUCUCCAGAAAGAGCUGGGCCCUACAUAUUAUUUCGUGGGAAACCUGGGAAAUGUGCUCAGAGACCUGGGUGAGCUGAACCAGGCUAAAGAGAGUCAUCAUCUUGCACUAACCAUUUUUCUGAAAGCGAGUGGACCUGAGCAUGAAGACGUUGGAAUAACAUACAGGAACCUGGGAAUUGUGCACAAACACCUGCAAGACCUCGAUGAGGCAAAGAAGUAUUUUGAACUCGCACUACCCAUUUUCCAGAAAGAGCUGGGACCUGAAUGUUUUGUCGUGGGAGAAACGCACGUAAAGCUGGGAAAUGUACUUAAAGACCUGGGUGAGCUGAAUCAAGCAAAAGAGAGUUAUGAUCGUGCACUUUCCAUUCUUCUGAAAAAGUUCAGAUCUGGACAUCGUUUGGUAAAAAUGAUCAAGGACAGUUUGGUAAAGAUAAAGCAAUUGCAGGAAAAUUGUCCGCGAUCUUCGGGUGGUUUUGGAAAACGACCCACCGGUUCAGGACAUCCUGGAUUAGUGCCAGCAAAACGAUCGAAAAAGAUGUAAGAAAUCGACUCUGCCUUUCAUUUUCGACCUUGGGUUUAUUUCAAAUGGUAAAAAUAACUCUCGAGACAAAAAUGGAAAUUCACUUCAAAAAUGUUAUAACGUACAAAAUACAGAUAUUGAGUCCGCAUUACAUGGUUACGUUUAUGCUACCAUGCGCUCUGGAGUAAUACAGUUUGGAGUCGAUCCGCCAUCUUGUUUGCUGACGGUGUUUAUCUUCGUACUAGUCACCCGAGAAUUAAACAUUUCUGGCGACGAACACGGGAUGAUCUUUCCAAGCCUCGGAAAAAUGGAAGAGUCCAAUGCAACAGCCACAAGAAUUAGGUGUUACUUCGAGCGAUGAGCAAUAUUUAACAGCAAACAACGUUUCCGCCGCUGCAGACACACUGACGCGCGAAGUGUUGUCAUGAUUUCUGUCAAUAGCGCCGAAGCUUACGAUACCCUUUCAAUUUUGUACUCUCCGGUUUCCUCAUUAAGGUAAAGCUAUACGUAUCUCGACAGAUUCCCGAGAUCUCAUUUCGCACUGAUGAAAAUUGCCAUCGUACAAAGACACAGAGGCAGACUUGAAACAGCUAGCAAGAUGAGAGUCUUAUUGCAGGCAAUUAUUAAGAGGAUCACUUCGAGAACUUAGACAAUGUCCGCUGCCUAAACCAUUAUGGCCUGCGACUUCAGCUCAUUUAAUGUAAAUUUAUUCGGAAAUCCUCAACUUAUAUAGAUGUGUCGUCUCUGCCAAAGGGAUUUCGCUAACAGAGGGAAAUAUAGAAGCCAUCAAUCAAACGGCAAGCAUGGAGAACCCUGAUUACCUGAGUGCCUUGCUGUUAGCUAAGCUCAAUCCUCUAACCACUCAACCAGUUUUUUCGAAAAACCCAGGAAUUCAAGUUGUCCUCUUAGUAUGACAAAGCAUUUAACCAAGCCAAGAUCUUGGUUUCAUCUUCAAAUGUGCUAUUCCAUUGUCACCACAUGAACAACGCAACUGUCAUUCUUAAGAGCGACGCAAUCCAGUAUGGAAUUGGAGCAGUUUUACUCCACCGCUUCCCGUCUAUUGCCUACUACCCGAGGUCCCUAAAUUCUUAAAAGAGAAACUAAAGCCAGAUCGAAGAUCUCGCCAUAAUUUUUCGGCUGCGCUUCCAAAUGUUGCAUCUGUCAGGUGCAACGUUACAUUGAGAACUGAGCGCAAACCCUGGUAUGAAGAUGUCAGCCACAGACUUUGCGACGCCGGUUUUAGCAACUUCUAGACUUCAAAACUGGUCCCUCCCCCUUUCUUCACACACAACGAAAUCGGGUUUAAAUUGUUUGCUGAAUUCCCCAGUGCCGAUUCUUUGUCAAGGCUCCCACCUCAUUGCAGUAAAGAAAUAUGAUAGAAUUUAAAAAUCUUCCAUGUGGCUUCUCAGUAGAUAAAACGACACGCAGUCUCUCCCACACAUUGCCAAAGAAACGUCCAGGAACGUUGUAUUGGUCCAGGCGCUAUUGCUUUCAAAAAAUGGAUGGCUUGUCCAUUCGCACGUCGAUUCUAUUCUCAAGUCAUACUUUGUCGGCAAGUAGAAGGUCUCUUUCAGGCAGGGCUGCCUCAUGUGAGGACUUCGAACUGUUAUACCACCCUUCCAGAGACAGCUAAUUCUGUUAUAACUACACGAGGCACAUGCAGAAAUUGUCUGCAAUUCAAUGACCUGCAUCCUGUAUAGUGACCUGGAAUAGAUCGGGAGAUUUUACGGAUCAUUCGAGAAUGUUAACUUUGCCAAAAGACCCGUAAGACUCCUCCAGCCUCGCCACUUUUAUCAUGGUCCAGGCCGACAGUUCCAUGGAAACGUAGAUUUUGCCACCUCUCCGUUGAGGGACUACCUGUCAUAGUUGGUGCUCACUCCUAUUGGCUUGAAGUGUUCGGUCCCACGUAGAGAACGUCUGCUGACUCGCACGUCAACGCCUUGUGCUAUAUCGAGGUAUCAUUAUCCGGCUCAAAUUUUCAGUGACAAUAGGCCGCCAUUCCCCUUUGCAGAAUAUGAAGAAUUCCUGCAGCGUAGUGGCAUUCAGCGAGUUCUAAUCUCUUCAGAUGAUGUGACUGAGCGAUUUGCACAGACCCGUAAGUCCCCCUAUGGAGUCAUCAUCUACCGAUUCAUCAAGUUCUAUUCAUUGACGGACUUAAAAUUUCCUUUGGUCCAACGGAAGUACUCCACAUGCUACCACUAAGUCAUCUCUUGUCAAUUUCAGUUGUGAGAACUGUGCACACGACUUCCCCCUGCAAGACCUGAUAUUGGUGCUCAUGUUGCCAGCUAGAAAGACUAUUGAAUACUGUCCGGCUAAUCACGACAAGUAGGCCAAGUUUAGAGAGAUGGUUUGGGAGACAGUUUUCUCGCACGUACCGUCGCACAGCAAACUCUGCCUGCUUCCUUCCAAGGUCAGCUGAAUGAUGGGCGGACCUGAAGAAGACACGUGGAUGAUGUUCUUCAGAACAGACUAAGCCCUGUGGCAACUGAAUCUGGCACAAUAAUGGCACAGGUACAAGCGGAAGCAGCCACUGAGGACUCUUCUCCUUCUAAUGUAGGAGAACCACACCCCUACUGGAAGUUUGCAGAGCGGUAGAGUCACCUACAGCUAUUCCUGCCACUCCCUGCCUACUUUGGUCUCAACUUGCUUCCAAGCCACCUCAGGGGCCAGUUAAGUUACACUUAAACGGACAGUUCACCUAAAUGAACAGUUUUAAAAAUCUGUGUGGUUUUUAAGGAUUUACUGAACAUUUAAGAUUUUCUGAGCUGAUGGUUUUUUAUUUGCUCAUCAGUUUUAGUCAUUCCUAGCGGAAUGUCUCCACGGGAAGGAGAUAUAGUUUCAAAAUAUAGAAAUUGAGCCCACAGUAUUUUUCUAUUACUUAUUCGGCUACCAUGUACUUCAGAGUGAUACAUUUUAGGAGUGGUUCUGCCAUCUUGCGUGCAGUGUUCGUCGUCUUAUUGGUCAACCACGAGAACAUAAAACAAUGUUGUUAUGUGACAAAACAAUCUUGGAACCACGUGAAGAGGCGGAGCUCACUUUGUUCAUAGAAAUUGCCAGUUACAGUCGAGAGAUACGCUUUAUUAUAAUAUUUUUAGACUGUGCAACAAGAAUUAAUAUCAUUUAGCGCAAGGGUUCUCUAUAGGAGCUUUAGAGGAUUAGUCUAUAGGGCAUAGUUAACAUUUUCUGUUGUCGUCGAGACCUGAGAAUUCGUAAAUCGUAAGAAAUUGGAACAUUCUUAGUGUAAACUAGACUCUCUUAGAGGGCUGGCAUAACGAAAAAUAAUUUUGGAAUCCUACCAACUGUCCUAAUGACGAAAUACAUAGCUGAAAAAGGAACUUUUAUAAUCUGAUUAAAUACCUCGAGGACAUUCCCUUACCAAGUUAAAGUCCGUCUAUAGUUAGCGGGGCCACAUACACACACGCACAACUGACCAAUCACAUUACGGGGAAACGAGCAGUGAUUUUCCAAUUUGAUUCUUUAUAAUCCUUUCUAUCUAAGCACUGAUUAGCACGAUUAAAUUUAGGCGGGAAUUUCUUCGUUUGUUUUCUCGUGAUGUAAUUGGUUUAUUUUGUUUAACUGACACUGGAAGAACAGAGGCCUUGUAAUAUGUAAUAUGUAAAUGGUGCCACGAAUUUAAAAGAGACCAUGUUGUUUUAUAUUUUAUAACUAGUUGUGGACCUUCAGCACCGUUUUAAGUCAUUAAAGCACCUUAAGAAAUU